UUGGAUGAUAAUGUGGGUACUAGACAUGGCAAAAUAAGUCAAGAAGGCAAACGGCGAAUAGCCGUAAUAACUAACAGAGAAGUGAAAGGGUUUUAGGAAGAACGGUAGAAGGGGAAGGGACACGAGGCGAAUGGCUGAGAUUCGCCGUCGUCAUCAAAACAUGUUUCUUCUUCACCGUUAACACAACACGAAAUUUCCACAGAAACAAAAAAAAGGGAAAGGGGGAAAAACAAUUCAAGUCGGUGAACGUCGUUGAGUUCGUUCUUCUCCCCUUCGGCCGACGAACGCCUCCGCCGCCGCUUCCCUCUGCUCAUUCUCUCAAGAUUUGUCACCUAAACAGCAUCGUAAUCGAAACACGCCAUGAUGUUGUCACGCGGCUUGUUGCGUAUUUCAAGAAUUACCAGGACGAGUAACGUUCUAGGCUGCCGCUCUCUUCUUUCUCACCCAUUGGAUCCGUUCCCAAUCUCCGACGACAGCUCCAACUCUCUUGGCGACUCUGCUCAAAAGGUUUUCGGUUGCAGAGAACAUUAUUCGUGGAGUAAUCCUGCCCGGCUUGGCUUUACACAUCAGAUACAUCACCAGAGCACUUCCUUGGUUGAGGUUAGGAACAACUUGAUCCUUUUUCACUUGUUGCUGAUGAGUUAUCGCUUCUUGCUAAUAAGUUGCGGGAAAUGGUAGUUGCUGAGGUUCCGAAGCUUGCCUCAGCUGCUGAAUACUUCUUUAAAAUUGGAGUGGAAGGGAAGAGGUUCCGUCCAACGGUCUUGUUGCUGAUGGCAACAGCUCUAAAUGUGCACUUACCUGAACCUAUACCCAAUGUUGGUCCCGUGACUACGGAGCUACGUGCAAGACAACAACGUAUAGCAGAGAUCACAGAGAUGAUUCAUGUAGCAAGUCUUCUCCAUGAUGAUGUUUUGGAUGAUGCGGACACGAGACGUGGAAUCAAGUCAUUAAAUUUUGUUAUGGGCAACAAGGUGUCAGUGCUAGCUGGGGAUUUUCUACUUUCAAGAGCUUGUGUAGCACUAGCUUCUUUGCGGAACACUGAGUUGUGGAGCAUCUUGUAACUGGCGAAACCAUGCAGAUGACUACUACCACUGAGCAGCGUUGUAGCAUGGAGUAUUAUAUGCAGAAGACGUAUUACAAGACUGCAUCUCUUAUUUCCAAUAGCUGUAAGGCAGUUGCUCUUCUUGCUGGGCAAACUGCUGAAGUGGCAACACUGGCUUUUGAGUACGGAAGAAAUCUGGAUUUCUCACUAUGGUGGUUUUAAGACACAUGAGGGUUUCCACCAGCAUCCAUAUGCAUUGACUCGUCUACGAAAGAUCUUGCUAAUUGACAGUAUAGGAGAGUUUCUGUAUGGCUUGUGCUUCCAGUGCCACUGAUUCUUGUUGCUCUUUGAACUGAUGCUGAUAUCUUAUUGUUCCAUCUUAUUACCAGGGUUUGGCCUUUCAAUUGAUAGAUGAUGUUCUUGAUUUCACCGGCACAUCUGCUUCCCUUGGAAAAGGAUCAUUGUCAGACAUACGCCAUGGAAUAGUAACUGCUCCAAUACUGUUUGCCAUGGAGGAGUUUCCCCAGCUGCGUGCAAUUAUUGAUCAAGGAUUCGAGGACCCCAAAAAUGUGAACCUUGCACUUGAAUACCUCGGAAAGAGCCGCGGAAUACAGAGGACAAGAGAACUUGCUGCACAACAUGCUAACCUUGCUGCAGAAGCUAUUGAUUCUUUACCGGAAACUGAUGACGAGGAUGUGCGGAGGUCGAGACGAGCUUUGAUAGACAUCACACACAGAGUAAUCACCAGGAACAAGUAACAAGAAGCCCCACGCCUCGGUCCUCGCUUGGCACUAUGUAGUACACAAUAUUUUUGCAGUAAUUUGGUUUCGUUGUUCCUGUAAUUCGAGGGCAAAUUAGUUCCCCUCACCAUUAAUUUUAUUGCUUUUCAGAUUGUGUCACAAAUAAUAUACACUGUAAGGGGACCUGAUAUACUUGUAAAUUGUGCUCCCAUGUUACUGUACGGACACAACACAAAUAGCCCAGAUAGGUAUAGUUUCUGCUUCAAAUGAAUCUCAGAUUAGCGGGAGUGAAGUUUAUUGGUAAUCAGUUUUGGAGUUAUAAUCCCGUUUCCAAUU